AUGAUUGAAGAUAACCACUCCACAACAAAGGAAUUUAUCCUCAUAGGAUUUACUGCUCAACCAGAGCUGAAGCCCCUUCUGUUUGUUGUGUUCUUUGCCAUCUAUCUGAUCACCAUGAUGGGGAAUCUUGGUUUGGUGGCACUGAUCUACAUGGAGCGUCAUCUGCACACACCAAUGUACAUCUUUCUGGGUAACCUGGCUUUGAUGGAUUCCUGCUGUUCCUCUGCUGUUACCCCCAAGAUGUUAGAGACUUUCUUUUCAGAAGACAGAACAAUAUCCCUUGAUGGAUGCAUGGCACAAUUUUAUUUUCUCUGUCUUGCUGAAACUGCAGACUGCUUUAUUCUGGCAGCAAUGGCCUAUGACAGGUACGUGGCAAUAUGCAGCCCACUGCAGUACCACACCAGGAUGUCGAAGAAACUCUGCAUUCAGAUGAGCACAGGAGUCUACAUAGUUGCAAAUUUGAAUUCUAUGAUUCAUGUAGGGUUACUGUUUAGGUUAACUUUCUGUGGCUCCCAUCAAAUCAAUCACUUCUUUUGUGAUGUUUUUCCAUUGUACAGACUUUCUUGCAUUGACCCCUAUAUCAAUGCCCUGAUGAUACUUAUCUUUGGAGGGUCAAUUCAAAUUUUUACUAUUACCACAGUUCUAAUCUCUUAUUUCUUCAUCAUUUUCACUAUUUUCAAAAUGAAAUCCAAAGAGGGAAGGGGCAAAGCCUUAUCAACUUGUGCAUCCCACUUUCUCUCCGUGUCAGUAUUCUAUGGUUCUCUUCUAUUUGUUUAUGUUCAACCAAGCUCAGUCAAAGAGAAAGAGAAAGAUAUUCCUGUUGCUCUUUUUUAUACUCUAGUAAUUCCUUUUUUAAACCCAUUUAUUUAUAGUCUGAGAAAUAAAGAAGUGUUAAAUGCUGUGAAAAGAAUUAUAAAAUCUCCAAAUAUUUUUCUGUCUGCUUCACCAAGUAUCUGGGUCUGGGUCAGCUCUUAG